AUGGCUCCACCAGAAGGAGAGAACAACACUGGAGUAACAGCCUCCGACUCCCAACCCCAAGGCGACGGUCAGCGCAACAGAGGAAGAGGCCGAGGAAAGGGAAACCAGAAUCGACGAGGAGGUCAACGGCGUGGUCGUGGUGGCAACAACUCGAACGUUCCUGAUGUUCCCGCCAACCCAGCAGCUCAAGAUGUCGCCGCGGCAGCUUCUAGAGCCCAUGCCAUGGCUUCUGGCAAAACAGCCGAAGACGCUGAAGAUGACGAUGCUGAAGUGUGCUUCAUCUGCGCCAAUCCAGUUGCUCACCACUCAAUUGCGCCUUGCAACCAUACAACAUGCCAUAUCUGCGGUCUACGUAUGAGAGCCCUUUAUAAGACAAAGGAUUGUGCACACUGUCGUACCCCAGCUCCCUAUGUUAUCUUUACCGACGACCCCGAGAAACGCUUCGAGGAAUAUGCGGAACAAGACAUAACCACCACCGACAGCAACAUCGGCAUCAAAUACACAAAAGAGGAUAUUGUGGGCGAUACAGUUCUCCUCCUGCGGUACAACUGCCCCGAUGCAUCGUGCGAUUUCGCUGGCCUCGGCUGGCCUGAUCUGCACCGCCAUGUCAAAUCUGCUCACAAGAAGAAAAUGUGCGAUCUAUGCACUCGUAACAAGAGGGUUUUCACACAUGAGCAUGAGCUGUUUGCGGAUAAGGAACUAGAGAAGCACAUGCGUCAUGGAGACGACAAGCCUGGUGCAGCAGACCAAACAGGCUUCAAGGGCCACCCAUUGUGUGGAUUCUGUGGAGAGCGCUUUUACGACGACGACAAGUUGUACGAGCAUUGCAGAAUGAAGCACGAGCGUUGCUUUAUCUGUGACAGACGAGACUCGAGACACCCCCAUUACUAUCUCGACUACAACGCCCUGGAAGAGCAUUUUAAGAAGGACCACUACCUUUGCGGUGAUCGUGAAUGCAUGGAGAAGAAAUUUGUGGUUUUUGAAUCAGAACUCGAUUUGCAAGCUCAUCAGUUAAGCGAACAUGGAGGCAAGGUGUCAGGUCGAGACGCACGAGUCGUCAAUAUUUCAGGAUUUGACAUUCGAACACCGUAUCAGCAGGAGAGAGGCGGAGGCGGCGGUGGAAGAGAUGAAGGUCGGCGUGGGGGCCGGGACGGGCGAAGAGGAGGUAAUAGAGGCCGUGACCCUAAUGCGGAGCCGGUUCCUGUCAGCUCUGCCCAACCCUUACGACGUGACGAGAUCGCUUUCCAGCGACAGAUGGCUAUCCACUCUGCGCAGUCUGUUUCGAACCGCACGUUUGGUGGCGCACUCUCUGCUGCUUCUCCUACACCAGCUCAGGCCUCGUCACAACCUCGUGGCGGCAACUCAUCAAAUACUCCUCGUGCCAGCCAGACAAACGUUGCUAAUCCCAUCGAGUCUGCCACUGCCCCUGACCCAGCCAAUCUCAGCGCUGAGGAGCGUGCUCGACUUGUACGACAUGGCGCUGUGGUUGAGCGAGCAUCCAACCUCCUUGGAAACGACACCCAGCGUAUGGCUACAUUCCGAAACCACAUUUCCUCUUAUCGCCAAGGUGGACUUACCGCACCCCAACUCAUCGAUGCGUUCUUCACCCUCUUCGCUGAUACUUCCUCCAACGCUCUUGGCACAAUGGUGCGAGAGGUUGCAGAUCUCUACGAAGAUAAGAACAAAGCCGAUGCCCUCCGUAAGGCAUGGCAGGACUGGCGUGCCAUUAACGAGGAUUAUCCGAGCUUACCGGGCUUGAGUGGCAUGCACGGCGCAACCUCAAGUUCAAGUGGCUGGGCCAACGCAGCAUCUGCCAACCCAGCUGUACCGAACGCAAAGGUCACGCAGAAAUACUCGAAUCGUGUUCUCAAGCUCAAGAACAGUACAAGGCUUGGCGGCCCGGCACCUGUAUCCUCAGGCGGUCCGACAUCAUGGAAUGCUCGUCCUGCCGUCAGUGCUCCACAGGCCUCUUCGUCCGCGUUCCCAUCUCUACCUUCAUCUGGUCGGGGUUCCUCCUCUACUUCUAACUCCAACUGGACAACUCCAACUCCCACAUCAUCAUCUACAACCCUCAACCGUCCCCGUCCGGCUCCUCGUCCUACCGGCGACGACGCCUUCCCUGCUCUUCCCAACGCGCCAAAACCGCAAACUACGAUUUUCGGCUACGGGAAUGGCCGCGCCGUACGACGCGAUUAUGGAAAUCGCGAUACGGGCUUCAACUGGGGUACCGGCAGUGGGCCGAGUACACCAGCUGGUGAAGAGCCCGCUGACGAUGAGGCGGGCGGUAAGAAGAAGGGUAACAAAAAGGGUAAAAAGGUUCUUGUGCAGUGGGGCUAA